AUGACGCCUCCGUCCGGCACGAGCGAGCGAACCCUGACUGAGAAUGAAAACAAGUCAACUGCCGUCACAGAAGAGUACCUGCUUCAACCUUUCCGAGAACGUUGCUUCCUUCAACUUUUCGCUUCGUACUGGUUGGAAGUCAUCGGCGGCCCGCCUCUGCCCUCCUCAUUCGGACAAAUCUCCAGAUUGCCUCGCCAGUCUGCCGAUCUACCGUACCCGGUGUCAAAGAUUUACGGCACGCAGUCCAUUGGUAGCAAAAGCACGGGUCUCAACAGCGCGCGCACAGAGCAAACCCCAUUGCGAGCUUUGAACAUCAGAAAGCGCGCCCCAAAUUUCUGGCUAGGACGUAGCGCCUCCUCCUUCGAGCCCACUAGCCUGCUCGAGGCAAAUCAGUCCGCCAGGCGCGCUCAUCGGCGGCUUAGGAUGGCGCAACCAGCUACAGCCGCCAUCGUGGUGGCGAUGAUCUUCGUGGCUGCCUUUGUGCUCUUCUUCGGAUACAAGGGCUACAAGAAAUAUCACUACCACAAACAGAGGAAAGCCAUGGAGGCAGAACUUCCUCCGAUACGCGAACCUCCUUCAAACUACUUCCUGGCUGCAGGCGCUACACCAUCAGGAGGCUCGCCGCUCUCUCCUCCUUCGACCAUCGGAACUCUGUAUGGCGAUACGUGGGGUAGAAACAGCUGGCGUGGAAGCACUUCCAAAGCAAGCCUGGGUGGUAGAGGAUACAGCGACAUGGGAGGAAGGAGGAUGAGCUCCUCUGGAUUGCUGGGCAGCCCAGGUGCCGAGGCUGCCUUUGGAGGGUCUCAGACUGGUGCUGCAGCCGAUGGCUCCGCGCCAGCCUCGCCACUGAGUCUUGGCGUCGACGCCGUUCUCCCAGCUGCUCCUGGAGAAGCGUACGAUCAUUCGAGAGGGAUCAGCAGCACUAGCACUAAUGCCCUCAAGAGGAGCUACGCAGGGAGCGUCUACUCUGGAGCUGGCGGUGGACCAGGCUCGGACAGGGGCGCAACGGACAUGCAUCUGCCCCCACGCCGACAAUCCUACCUGCCACACUUGCCGUCAAAUCGGGAAAGCAUCCAAAUAGUGCCUCCUCAACCGCUGGGCUUCGGCUUGGGCGGCAUGGCCCAAGCGACAGACGAAAAGACCUUGGCCUUCUCUACUGUCAGUGGUAUCGGCAGCGAUGGGGAUGAAUUCGGAAAAGGACUGGUCUGGGCUGAAGGGGAGGCGAGCGGCAACGGUGGAGAUGGCAACGACCUGGCAACAGCCAGCGGGAGCGGCGCAAGGGUCGCCCACGGCGACCGAGCGAGAUACUUGGCAGAGGGGCCCGUCAGGACUUGGUCAGGUAGCGGAGCCGGUGCAGCUGGACCCUCCAACUGGCAAAGUCCGAGCGCCCCCCCUUCGCGAAGCCUCACCCCUGGUGCUGCGCCUUCUUGGGAAGAUAGGUCCUCGGGCCAUCGUGGGCCUGGCAACAUGAGCGCCUCGACAUCUUCUAGCUCCAGACGCGCCUCCUCGUCCCAAUCGCAGAGGAGGCUACCACAGCAAGCACAUCCGCUUUCGGAAUCUUCCUAUUCCUCCGAGUACGCCUCUCCUGCCGACCCCCUCUCAACCCCGACGAACCAUCAGAACGGCACAUUUGCAAGCCUGCAGAGUCCUCUGCAACUAAUGUCUGAUGGCCCAAACGGCGCGCACGGACGUCAUGCGUCUGAUGCAGAUACUCUCAACACGGGACCUAGCAGUGUCGAAGGUGUAGGCGCCAACGGAUCCCCGAUCAUUGGGGCAUUCAGAAGUGCGGGGACGGGCAACUACACUGCACGAGCGAAUGAGAACAUGCCCGAAUUGGCGAGCGGAAGCGCGAGCGGGUCUGGCAGUCAUAGCAGCCCGACAGAUCCUUCGACGGACAGUUCAGGCCGACCUAGCGCUGCUGAUGAGGAAAGCAUGGACAGAGGGGAACGAUUUGCGGUGGGCAAGGAUGGAGUGUUGAGGUUGGGCGGCCCUGCUGUGCCUGAAAAGCAGCACGAGUCAGAGGCGCGUUCGAGCGGCAGUCGAAAAUCUUGGGGCUUCACCAACCUAUUGGGACGCGCUUGA